ACUGCUGCCAGCUUUUUCAUGGAGCAAGAAGAUACCCUUUUGUGCUUACCCGUGGAACUCAUCAGUAAGAUUACUGAUCUGUUAUCAUUUUCAGACCUUUGGUAUUUGGCCACGUGUUCCAAACGGUCACGACUGUUAGCGUACAAAACUAUCCGCCGGAAAUAUGAUAUCGAGCUUCUACGCCCAGCUAUCAUCAACCCAUUAGCCAACUUGGUCCAUGCUGCAGUGGCAUUUGCCUCACGUCACGGUGUACACGACACGCACAUCAGCGCUUCCGUCGUUCAAUCGGUCGCCAAUCAUCUAGCCGAACACAUCGCAUGCCGCACGCCAUCGGACGACGCUGAAGAACCCGGUCUAGACUUCAUACUCGAUAAAGCAUUAGCCAUCCUCGUCCAUCACAUAUUCACCGAUAAACGAGACGUAGUCUUGAACGUUGAAGAAGAAGUCAUGGAUUUCAGCGUUUCGCCAGGCGAUGGCAAAGAUACUUCUGGCAUGCUAAUCGUCGAUCUUUUGCAAGCCCUUCACAUGACCCUGACGGCUCUAUUCACCGACCCGGCGCCCUUGUACCAUCGCCUCCUCAUGCGCCAUAUUCAACAUGAAUUUCAACUUUUACGAAGGCGUCACCACGCUCAGACGGGUCUGCUUUGUCUGAAAGACCCUGAACGUCGCGAUUUCAAAAUCCUGAUCAAAUUCAUAUGCGCUCUUUUACGAAGUGAUCUGAUUACCGCACAAGAUAUGAAUUCCUUGGCUUCGGAUUACAUCGUUUUCUUUUUCAUCACAGAACCUUCCGAUUUUCUUCCGCAGGACAGGCAACAACUUACUUCUCUCGAUAAGAACAACGGGUCUCUUUUGUGGCUUCAGGAAGUUCAGUUUCGACAAACGGUUUUGCUGGAGCUUCUGAGAACAAUCAUCUCUCACCGUCGUCACCAACUUGGACGGGCCGAUGUACUAUACAUUUAUGCUUUUUUUCCAUGCCGUCGGUACCCAGCAACCGGAACCCUGAUUGACUCCUUUUUAUCCAACUGACCGCUCGGCCACACACUCUCAUUUUUAUACUCAACUUAAUGCAUCUCAUCACCAGUAAAAAACGAUUCUCCCGCAUGACAAUAAUCCCAUCAGCAUCACUCGUUCACUGCAUCUUCCUGAAUAAUCACAUACUUAUCAAAAGAAUUUGUAUCAUUUUCCUAUCAGACCAUCUUUAUUGACGCAAUAAAUGGCUGUCCAAAAAGAC